UCAGGCCCCCUUUCUGCCUGUGCUUUCUGCUUGUACUUCAUUCCUGCGCUCCUGAGGCGACCCGCAGAGCGGCGGGGUACCGCCGGCCCGGGACCGAGCUCGGCGCGGCCGCUGGACCCGCUCCGCACAGCGCGCAGCCCCGCGCCAGCCGCGUCCGCCGGGACGGCCCCGCGCACGCCCGCCGAGCGCCUGCCGCGCAGCAGCGGAAGUCGUGGGCCGAAGUUCACUGAAAGUGUGUUGAGCUGAUUGGUCACUUGGAUAUCAAAGAGCUACGUGCGGAAUUAGCAGGAGGUGACAUAAAAGCUCUGGAUUGCAAGCUCAGGGCAGCUUCAGAAAGGGAAGGCGGGAUGGACGCCGUGGUGAUCCUGGUGCUCGGUGUCUCCUGUCUGCUUCUCCUCUCACUCUGGAGACAGAGCUCGGGGAGAGGCAAGCUUCCCCCCGGCCCCGCUCCUCUCCCACUCGUUGGAAACAUCCUGCAGAUAGACGUCAGAGACAUCAGCAAGUCCUUCGCCAGUCUCUCCAAGGUCUACGGCCCCGUGUUCACCCUGUACUUGGGCAUGAAGCCAUCCGUGGUGCUGCACGGAUACGAAGCUGUGAAGGAAGCCCUGAUUGACUUCGGGGAGGACUUUGCUGGCAGAGGCAGCUUCGCAGUAUCUGAAAGAGUUAAUAAAGGCUUGGGGAUCCUUUUUAGCAAUGGAAACACAUGGAAGGAGAUGCGACGCUUUUCCAUCAUGACCCUGCGGAAUUUUGGGAUGGGGAAGAGGAGCGUCGAGGACCGCGUUCAGGAGGAAGCGCGCUGCCUGGUGGAGGAGCUGAGAAAAACCAACGGUGAACCCUGUGAUCCCACCUUUCUUCUGGGCUGCGCUCCCUGCAAUGUGAUCUGCUCCAUUAUUUUCCGGAAACGUUUUGAUUAUAAAGAUGAGGAUUUCCUUAACUUGAUGGAAAAAUUCAAUGAGAACCUCAGGCUUUUGAGCUUGCCAUGGAUGCAGGUCUGCAAUGCUUUCCCUUUUAUCAUUGAUUAUCUCCCAGGGAUCCAUAACAAAAUACUUAAAAAUUUUGCUUAUGUAAAAGAUUAUGUUUUGGAAAGAGUGAAAGAGCACCAGGAAUCCCUGGACAUCGACAAUCCGCUCGACUUCAUUGAUUGUUUCCUGAUCAAAAUGGAGCAGGAGAAGCACAGCCCACAGUCUGAAUUCACCAUUGCCAGCCUGAUAGCUACUGUAACUGAUAUGUUUGGAGCUGGAACGGAGACGACGAGCACCACUCUGAGGUAUGGACUCCUGCUCCUGCUGAAGCACGCAGAGGUCACAGCUAAAGUCCAGGAAGAGAUUGAGCGUGUGAUUGGCAGAGAGCGGACCCCGUGCAUGCAGGAUAGGAGCCACAUGCCCUACACCGACGCCGUGGUGCACGAGGUCCAGAGAUACAUUGACCUCGUCCCUAACAACUUGUCCCACGCAGUGACUCGUGAUGUUAAAUUCAGAGGCUACGUCUUACCCAAAGGCACGACCGUAAUAACAUCACUGACUUCUGUGCUGUAUGAUGACAAGGAAUUCCCACACCCAGAGAAGUUUGACCCUGGGCACUUUCUAGAUGACAGUGGCAACUUUAAGAAGAGCGACUACUUCAUGCCUUUCUCAACAGGGAAACGUAUGUGUGCAGGAGAAGGCCUGGCCCGCAUGGAGCUGUUUUUGUUUCUGACCACGAUUUUACAGAAUUUCAAGUUGAAGCCUCUGGUUGACCCAAAGGACAUUGAUACCACGCCAAUUACGAGUGGGUUUGGCCACGUGCCACCUUCCUACCAGCUCUGCUUCCUUCCUCUCUGAAGAGCAGCAGCGCAGCAACUGUCGCCAGCAGCAUCUCCCUCUCGGGAGCAUCGCCUACCUUUUCCCACCAUCAGAAAUUUCUGUGCUAGAUUUCCCCUUGCGUCUUGUCAUUCCCUCAAGAUCUUCCAGUCUUCAUUAAGGAGAAUUUUCUGAAUCACUACAAAAAUAUAUCUUCAGUUCUUACGUUUUGUAACACUUGUGUUGAUCACCACAGGUGCCUAAUUUCUAAUUACCUCAUGCCAUUGCUAGUACAUUCUCAUUGUAAAACUGCAAAAUAAUUUGUAUGACAACUAACAGCUACAUAUUUCCAUUAUGAAUAAAAAUCAAUGUU